UUCCAACCGCGCGCGCGACAAGCGCGCAGAAGUCCGAACGUCCCUCUCACGUCACCAUCGGUGACGACUGCAUCUCACUGCGCGCCUCAGCGAGGAGACUCGGAUGUUCGGCGAGAGGUGGAUCCAGAACGGCGCCGAGGCCGGCACGUCCGAGACGGCGCGCGAGCCCUCCGAGCGCCGCAACGUCAGAUACCUGCAGACGCAUAAGUUUGUUGGCAUCACCCGCCGGAUGGAAGGGGAUAAGCGCUCGUGCGCGCUGCGUCCGUGGAGGGCGCAGGUGAACCACGCGGGAAAGGCGUACAGGGCACCGGGCUCUUUCUCCACCGCCGAGGACGCCGCGCGCGCCUACGACGAGCUCGUCCGCACGCUCGGCCUGACGGGCUCCAAGCGGGUAAACUUCCCGCAGAGCGACGGCGAGCGCGCGUACGUGCGAUCCGACAGGAAGAGCGGGGGGAAGAGGGCGAGCGCGAAGAAGGUCGAGGAGGAUCCCAUCGUCGCGCCCCAGGCGACGUUCUUAG